CCUGUCAAUAUACAAGUGGAUCUUAUACAUACUAUUUACUCCGUACACUCCACCACCACUGACUACGCCUGUCGUUCAAGAUGAUGGGAUAUGGGGGGCAUCCUUUUGCCCAGCAGCGGCAAUCGCAACAGUCUUCUCAUCCGCAGCAUCAACAGCACCAGCUGCAAUCGCCGUCCAUGGGCGCUGCUCAUCCCCACCAUGGCAGCGGUAUCGCCAACAACAGUUCCCUGCUGCGCGGUCAAUCGCAGACGACGGACCUGACGGCUGCUAAUUCUCCCGACAUUCGCAAGCUGACGCCCUCGUCGGCCCCGUUAGUCGGUCUACCGCCGGGUGGCAAUUUCAGUCCCUUCCCGAGUCAUUAUCAGCCGCAAGGCUCGGCGGACCUGCUGCAGCGGAAUACCGAAACUGUCGGCCAGCUGAAGGAUCCCUAUCUAUCGCUGCAAAGCCUGCAGAGGAACAUGAACCCCAUGGCCGCCAAUUUCCGCCCGCACCCCGCUGCCAUGGGCGCCCAGGCGGGUUUGUCGCCACACGCGCAUGCCAUGACCAUCUCGUCGCCGCAGCAGUCUCUGGAGCGCAUGCAACAACAGCACCUGCAGCACCGCCAGUCGACGCAUUCGCAUCCGUCGGCCUCCACCUCGGCGGGCGCGUCGCCCAUGAUGGCCGCUAGUCAGCCUCAGCAGCAGCAACCGCAGCAGCAGUACCACCAACAGCAGCCGCAGUAUCAGCAGGCGCAAUCGCAUCAUCAAUACCAGCAUGCCCAAUACCAGCAGGCGCAGCAAUCUCCCUACCAACAGGCACAGGCCCACGCGUCUCCGUAUCAGCAGGCGCAGCAGUCCCCGUACCAGCAAGUGCAGCAAACCUAUCAGCAGCAGCAGCAAGCGCAUGCACAGGCUCAGCAGCAGCAGCAGGCCCAGCAACAGCAACAAGCUCAGCAAGCACAGCAGCAGCAAGCCCAACAAGCUCAGCAAGCACAACAAUCGCAGGCGCAGCAGCAUUCGUUCCAGCAACAACAGCAUCCCCGCUAUCAGCAGCAGCAAGCGCAACGGUCCCCGUACCAAUCGCAGCCUCAGCAGCCGCAACAGCCGGCGCAUCAACAGCAUCAGUUCCAGCAGCACACGUUCCAAGCGCGGCAAUAUCAACAACCACAGACGCAAUUCCACCAGCAGUCACAUCAGCCGCCACACUCGAUAUUGGCUCAGCAACAGCCCCAUCGGCCGCAGUCGUCCACGCCGUCAACGGUGGGCCCAAUCGACCUCAUAUCGGCCGACAACAACAAUGACACCACCGCUGCGACGUCAAACCCCAAUAUCGCUGCCCCUGCUCCUGCCGGUCCGGCGGCUCCUGCGGCCAAGAAGCGACCGAAACAGCCUGUCAAACCCACCGCAUCGCCCGCGGCGAAUCCCAUCCAGAUCAACGGGCAAGUGCAUCAACAACCUAUGUACCUCCCCGAGGGCCAGCCGGUCGAACAACAGCAACAACCCGCCGGGGCACCCGGCGAGAAUUCUUCUGCGACGGGGACUCCCAGCAAGAAGCGUGGGCGACCACGCAAAUCCGGGGUUCCUGGCGAAGAGAACACCAAGCCGGCCAAACCCCGGAAGCCGAAGCAAUCCGCCGCCGCCAACGCUGCCAACGCUGCCAACAACGCCGUGCCCGGCCUCCCCGAAUCUGCAGUGCCCACCUUGCCAGGGUCGAUGCCCCCCGGCGCUCCUGGCGCCCUUGCUGGAGCGCCCGGUGGUGAUCCUCAUGCACCAGGCUCUGCCACCUCGUCUGCACCCAAGCCUCCGCCACCCAUGAUCACCAACCCCGACGGCAGCGUGGUCCCGAUGAAGCGACGCCGCGGACGACCUCGCAAGUCCGAGAUGGAUCCCAACGCUCCUCCCAAGCCGAAGGCUCCGCGGAAGCCGUCAUCCAAGCCGACCGGGACGGGGCGACCUCGUGGUCGUCCUCGCAAGGCGGAUAUCGCUGCUCGUGCCGCUCAUGCUGAAGCCGAGGCGCAGGCAAAGGCUCAGGGUCUGCCGCCGCCUCCACCGCUGCAGUUGCCGCCACACCAGCCGAAAAAGCCAAAGACACAACAGCAACAGCCGCAACAGCAACAGCCCGCUCAGCCGCAACAACCUCAGCAGCAGCAGCAGCAGCAGCAGACACCCCAGCCUCAGCCUCAAGCUCAACCCCAGGCACCGACUCCCGUGCAGCCUCAGCCUCAGGCACACCCGCCCAGCGCGGUGUCUCACGGCCAAGUGCAUCACCACAACCAACUGGCCCACGCCCACAACCAGCUGCCGCAGAGCCAACUCUCCCAGUCCCACCUCCAGCACCAAAUGCCGCAGACCCAGAUGCAGGCGGCGGCGGCGGCGCGCGUCCAGCCUCAAGCCCAGCCCCAGAUGCACAUGCAGCACCCUCACGCCCACCACGCCCACGGCCACCUCCAACAACCCCAACCCCAUCAGAUCCCCAUGCCGCCGCAAUCCCAGCCCCAGAUGCAGGUCCAUCCUCAACCUCCGCGCCACGCCCAACCGCCUCUUCACCACCCCCAGGCGCACGCGCACGCCCUGCCCCAUCCCCACGGCGUCGACCCGCUGGGCCUGAACCCGGGCCAGAAGCGCGGCCCGUCCUCGGUCGACGACGACCCGCGGAAACGGGCGUACAUGAUGCCUCAGCAUAUGUAGUUGCGUUGCAUUUUCACUUGCAUGUUGCAUUUGCAUUUUCGACUCUUCCUCUGCCUUGUCGAUGUCCAUGUCCCCUCUUCUGUUCUCACCCAUCAUCCAUUUUCCUUUCCUACAUGUCUUCAUCCUUCCGGCUCUACUAUCGAUAUCUCUUUCGUUUGCAAAUGACCUAAUCUGUCCGAGGACUUUUUGUUCCCUUAAUCUGUUCAUCUUAAGUUGAAGGUACAUGUUACGACCUGUCUUGUCU